AUGGUCGCCUUUGUUGUACAUCGAGGUUUUGUGAUUGCAUCUAUCCUGUCAAUCGGGUUUGUUCAUGCACGUAGACUGAACACUCAACGUGACACAUCGUCAAAUUCCUCCAAUUCCACAGAUUGUCGCUGCGCACCUGGCGACGAUUGCUUUCCUACGCCUGAUACAUGGGCGCAGCUAAACAGCAGCAUUUCAGGACGCUUAGUCAAUGUGGUAUCCUCCGCAGCAUUUUGUAACGACGUGUCGGGCGGGUGUACAGAUGCACAAUGGAGUAGCUCGACGUUUAGAGCCAACAUCCCCGGUGCUAUGAAUCAACCAUUAUGGGAGCAAGACUACUUUUCUGACCCGCCUUCAGUUUGCUUUCGAAACUCCUCGACUACAGAGCCGCCUGCGAACGUGACGCAAUCCUGUGGACAAGGUUCCGGCGACGUACCUUUGUUCGCCAUUUUAGCGGAAUCCGCUAGUGAUAUACAAGCCGGGGUUAAUUUUGCCCGUGACUAUAAUCUUCGCCUCGCCAUCAAGUCUUCUGGCCAUGACUAUCUCGGACGAUCCACUGCCAGGAAUUCACUUCUGAUCUCGACCCACAAAUUGCAGAACAUAUCCCUCGUCGAUAAUUUCACAGUCGGAGGUGUAGACCAGGGCCCAGCGGUGACCAUAGGGAGCGGGGUGCCAUUAAAUUCGCUGUAUACCACGUUGAAAGCAGAAGGAAAGAUUUUUGUGGCCAGCUCUGUGGCUACACUGGCCCCUGCCGGAGGAUUUGUGCAAGGGGCUGGCCAUUCGGCCCUUAGUCCGUCGUAUGGGCUGGCUGUUGAUAAUGUUAUAGAAUUCACCGUGGUGAUUGCGAGUGGUGAUAUUUUGACAGUGAAUGAUGCUGAAAAUUCCGAUCUUUUUUGGGCCAUGCGAGGCGGAGGUGCUGGAAGCUGGGGUGUCAUCAUUUCAGCCACUUUCCGAGUGUACCCCACCUUCAAUGCGGUCUAUUGCGACACCAAUGUUACGACUUCCACUCCCUCCAUCAUGGGAUCCGUCGCCACAGUGCAUGCCCGACACAUCUUUGACCUUGACCCCCUUAGAGCUGGUCAAUACUUUUGGGUUGUACCCGUUGAUGGUACUGGAUCGAAUUCCUCGCUACUUGCUAUGCAGAUCCAGACAAUAUUUCCCAACAAUGCAUCAGUGGAGGCUGCUGAAGCUGCAUUGCAGCCGUUCAUCGACGAUGCAUCGAAUAUCACGGAUGUACAGGUUGAGACUGCUUGCGAGGAACAACUUAUCAAUGAUAUGUUGUUUGCAGCCGAUGAUUCUGUCGGAACUAAUAUAAUCCUGGGAUCAAGAUUGUUCUCUGAGAGUCUAUACGAAACAUCACCGGAAGCCAUUGGGGACAUGUAUGUCGGCUUACUAGAGAAUGGAACUCUCGGAAUUUUCGGCAACCUGGUUGCGGGUGGUAAAGUAGCAGAAAAUGCAAACAUCAGUAUGGCACUCAAUCCAGCUUGGAGAACAGCUAAGACACAUGUAUUCUUAGCCCAUGAAUGGGCCGAUUCUGCCACCAUACCUGAUGUAAUUGCCACCCAGCACGCUUUUAGCAGCGGAUAUGAACGAGCUGCAUUGGUUGGUCUAGCAGGGGAGGACAGUGGGUCCUAUACGAAUGAAGGGGAUCGUUUUGAGCCAAAUUUGCAAGUGACGUUCUAUGGAUCCACAGAGAACUACGAAAAAUUGGAACAGGUCAAGAGUGCAUAUGAUCCUGAAGACCUAUUCCUUGUCACUGCCGGAGUGGGGAGUGAGCGGUGGGAUGAGGCUGGAUUUUGUAGAUUGGCUUGA